GUUGUUUGGUCAUUGAUUAGCAGAUUCUUACCUUUAUUUGUUUUAAAGGUGUUGGACUAUGAAAAGAUUUACGAGAAAAUGCAUAAACCCGCGUUCAUUUUUGAUGGACGUCUUAUUCUUGAUGCCGAAAGAUUGAAAUCCAUAGGAUUUCGUGUACACACCAUUGGAAAAGCAUCCAUCUAA